CUCUUUUUUUUCCCCCCUCCUUCCUGUUACCUCACGUUCGUUCAGACGUGAGGUUCCGCCCACACAAGCCUCGCUUUCGUGAUACAGGCUGGAGGGACGUGACACAGCCCCUGACUGGCAGAACUCCGCCCACAUCAUGUUCUUGGAAAGAGAUGGCUGCUCCAGGUGGAGACCUUGGCAAUAAUCCACCCCACAAAGAUUCCAGGCAAUGACAGAAGACGUUGUCCCUAUCUCCUAUGUCCCUGCACAGGAGAUGCGAUGCAUUUUACACUGGUUUGCACAAUGGACAGAAACACAGCGCAACCACUUUCUACAGGACUUGCUGUGUAAGGCCGUGCCUGGCAAAUUGUGUCUUCUACUUGAUGGACUGGGCUCCCUGAACCUUUCUGCUCCACCUCCCAGCUUGUUUCAGUGCCAGAUAAGACUUUGGGAUCAGUGGUUCCAGAGCUGGGAUGAGGAAGAAAGGAAUGAAUUUAUACAUCGUUUGCAGCAGCUAGACCCAGAUUUUGUGGCGCUGUUCCAUAAGGAGAUGACUGGAGUAGCAAGCAAGGACUGAUCCCCCACCAUGGAGCGAAACAAGCAGGAAUGGGUGUCAAAUAGUCAAAGUGGUAUUAAACCCAAAAGCAAAAAUGUAAUAUAUUGCAGCAUACAAAUUGUUAGAUGUGGCAGCUGCAUUUGUUUAAUUUUGUUUGUCUUGUUUUUCCCCUGGUGAUCCUACCAGUAACACACCAAGUCUUUCGGUGUCUGCAUUCUAACAAAAUAAAUUAAAGAUGUACUCCA